AUGACCAAGGUACCAGCCACCAAGAAGACCCAUAGCUCCCCAAACUCGGGGGCCCUGCGGCCCUUUUAUGCCUCAGAUCACCCGACACUGGUCCCAGACAAGCCAAUGAAGAGUAUCAAGUAUAUGAACAAGGAAAUAAUAAACCUCAAAAAAGACCUUAUACGUAGUCGAUUCUUGAUCCAGUCAGUGAAGACAGGCCGGGGAUAUUUUACCAUGCUGAGGGAGGAGAGUGCAAUGAAAAAGAGGCAACAGCAACUUCAGAAACUGGAAGAGGAAGAAAGAAAUAAAUUCCAACCAGCCAAAAAGAUCUCAGAAAUCCAUUAUGGCAACACUCUUUUGACCACCUACGAUGAUGAGAAGAUGAGAAAGGUGGAAGGAGUGACCGAAAUCGUGCUCCGCCCCUUCACCCCCUGGCACAGCUGCAUCAUCUCGCCCUGGCUCCCUGAGGCUCACGUCGAACCCCUCUUCCGCCAGCUCUGUGCGCUCCACUGGCUCCUGGAGGCCCUGACCAUUGACCACACCCACCAUACCAUGAAGCCCGUGAUCACCUGCUGGAAUCCAAAGGACCCAGGUGGAAGCAAGAGCACGAUAAAAAAAAUCAACAAGGACAAGUCCAUGGGACAGAGGUGGGAACACUUCAUCACAGCGUCAAAGACCAAGAAAUUCAAAAUUCCUAUGCUACGCACCACUGGCCGUAAACCUAGCCGGCGAGGCUCCACUCUCAGUCUGUCUCGGACCAGUGGGGGGUCAUCACCCCAGAGCAGUAUGAUGUCUGUGAUCCCUGGCUCAGAUGAGCCCCAGAGUGUGGUCACCCAGGGGACAGGCAGCAAGGACAUUGAGGACAAUGAGUCAUGUUCAACCAAGCCAGAUGAGGAGCCUCUUCAUGUCAAUCUGCAGAAGCUCCUGGAGAUGGUUCGGGAAGAUGCCCGGAGGACGAUCAUUGUAGAAAAUGGGACUCAAAAAAAAGUGCCCAGUAUCUUGUCAAUGAUGAAACAAAACAAAAGCGAGUCUGCGUUUAAGGACAUGCAGACCACCUACAAAUCCAGUGACAAAACCAGCAGUACAAGCGGAGAGAGCCACAGCCAGCCAAUCCAGAAGAAGGCUAGAAGCCGCCCCACUCGUGACAUCCUCCAUUGUAAGACUGGUGUAUGCAGCACAAUGAGGGCCAAGUUUUACAGUGUGGCCCAGGAAGCUGGCUUCUGUCUCCAGGACAAGAUGGAAAUCCUCAUGAAGCGCCAAGAAGAGCGAGGUCUCCAGAAGUUCAAUUCUUUUGUCCUUGUCUCGACUUUUCAAAAGGAUAUAGCAAAAAUGAGGCAUCAAGUCUCCGUAGUAAAAGGAGAUGCAGAAGAAAUUGCAGACCACUGGUACUUUGAUCUGUUGUCCAAACUCCCUGAGGAUCUGAAGAACUUCCGCCCCGCCAAGAAGAUCCUGGCAAAACUACAGAAGUUUGGGGAGAAUCUAGAUCUGAGGAUCCGGCCCCACGUACUCCUGAAGGUGCUACAGGAUCUGAGGGUCUGGGAGCUGUGUUCCCCUGAUAUUGCUGUGGCUAUUGAGUUUGUACGAGAGCACAUCAUCCAUAUGCCUCAAGAGGAUUAUAUCAACUGGCUGCAGAGCCGGAUCAACAUCCCCAUCCGGCCCCACAGUGCCCCUGCAUAG